AUGUCAAACAUGCGUAGCGGACCUGGUUUAGUUCUGGAAGUGGUAGCAGGCACGAACUCUUCUGUUCCAUCUGACCGCACGCCCAUCGGUUAUUAUGUCCGUGCCUCUACCUCCGAUGGCCGGUGGAACACCACCAUCAAGGCUGCAGAGGCAGACUACAGCGUUUCUUGGAACGAAACCCUCAACAUCCACGCCCCCUCCCUGAAGUUUCUCCAGUGGUUCAUGUCCAUCUUCUCCCCCACAUCCAAAAAAAUUAACCUCGAAAUUCGUGCCUUAUACGAGUCUGGACCUGAGCAUGUACGUGCGUUCGAGACUACUUUUGAACAAUUGCUCGGAUGCGACGGACAGUCCAUGACCCUCUCGGCUAUCAAUAACCAGGACAUAUCUCUUACGUUGAAAGCACAGCGUAGUAUUAAAAUAACUCCGCACGCGCCACGAUCGAGCAUCCCCGAACAUACGCGCCGUCUGGACAGAAAUGUUGUCAUCUUCGGCGAAGCCGGCUCAGGGAAAAGUUCGCUCAUCAACGGAACCACCCAACAUUUACUUGCGGAGACAUCCAAUGACGCACAUGGAUGCACUUCUACCCCUGAACGCUACCCAGUAGAAAUUUCCGACAGGAAAUAUGUCCUGAUUGAUACCCCAGGUCUCAAUGAGGGGUCUGCAGGCACAGUACCAGAUGCGGAGGCAAAGGAACUGUUAAAGAGCCUGUUGCGUGAGCUCAUGAGCUCUAGGUCGGAUAGCAUCGGCCUUCUGGUGUACUGCGUGCGCCGCGCGACUCGCCCCCGCACCUUCGUUGAGGCCUACAAUAAAUUCUACUCUGGGAUCUGCCAUAAGAGAGUCCCAAUCAUCAUCGUCGUCGAAGGAUGGGAGCACGAGCGGGACAUGGAGAGCUGGUGGAAUAUCAACGGGAAUCAAUGGAAGAGUCAUGGGAUGCAUUUCGCAAACCAUCCAUGCGACUCGACGAGCAACAUCCCAGAUGGAGUCACCCGUCGUGUUACAGAGCCGAGUGGCUUUUUGCGCAACCUUAUUGCUAGGCACUACUCAGAUUCGGCAGUCGGCACCAGACGUCGUCUCGUGAUCGAAGGACCCAAUGAAUAA